AUGGGUGACAAAAAGAUACUGUGCAUCGGGCUGGUAUGUCUGGAUAUUGUCAAUGUAGUGGACAAGUACCCGGAAGAGGACACUGACACCAGGUACGUGUUGUUUCAUACUGAAUGCACACUCAUCAUCUCUAGUGCAUUUACCGUUUCAAUUACAUAGCUACAGUCCUAAAAACACACACACCCGUUUUAUGAUUACGGAGCGGAGCGAAUAUAGCUCUGCGCCUGCGCACGCCUCUCCUAAAAAAAAGGUAAUCGCUAUGCGGGAUCCUUGGUACGUCCCAAACCUAUUGAAGUUUACAUUUAAAAUGGUUAAGGGUUAGGGUUGGGUAAGGGUUAUGGUUAAGGUUAGAGUAAGGGUUAAGGUUAGAGCUAGGGGCUGUGAAAGAUGCACUUGUAAACGAACUGCACACUUUGCCGUACCACUGGCUUGCAAAAAUCAUAAUGAAGUGAUGGUUUUAUGUUGACAACUUCGAUCUCACAUUCUUCACGCCUAGGCCUACUUAGAUAUCCUACUUGCACUACACUAGCCCGUAAAGAAACAUGAAAGCCGUUGUUUCAAGAUUGCUACACUAGUCACUUAAUUCACAACAGCAAAUUAAUGAUUUGACAGAGGGCAGUCAUAGAUACUACCUAAACUAAGAUAUUACAGCUGUGAAAGAGCACAGUUAGAAAUAAAUGGCAUAUGGAAGCAAACCGGAUGGACAUCAUGAAAAUGAUCGGAGAGGUUGAGGGUAGAGGAAGUUCAGGAGAAAGAACAAACAAAAUAUAAUUAUUGUAAAAUUGACUGUGUCCAUAAAAUGUAUAUAGUAUAUAUAAGCUGGAAGUAGAGGCCUAAGCAUUGUUGUUCACUAGUUUACUCCAAUUAGGGAAGGGGUGGUGGGGUUGGAAAGUAAUAAAGGGAAAUAUAUAUUUUAAAAAAAGGAUAUGUGUAUAUGUAUUUAUUUAUAUGUCUGUAUAUAUAUAUAUAUAUAUAUAUAUAUAUGUGUGUAUAUUUGCAAGAAAAAAAAACAUAUGGGUGAUUGGAAGUGAUGCAGACAAUUACAUUGAUGGAAGUUACAAUCUAUCUGCAAUAUUAAAGCUGAUCUACCCCCCAGAAAAAAAAAAGAAGGGAAAAAAAAAAGAUAUUACAGCUGUCUGUUAUUCAUCCAUGCCUCUGCAUUCGCGCACAGGUGUUUGUCUCAACGAUGGCAGCGUGGCGGGAACGCAUCCAACUCGUGCACGGUGCUGUCACUGCUUGGCGCUCCCUGUGCGUUCAUGGGGUCCCUAGCGCCUGGGCAUGUUGCAGAGUAAGUAGCUUGUUGUAAAUAAACAGAUAUUACAUCUGACAAACUCAAAUGGAUCAUUAUGAAAAAGAAAUUAACACAUCUUUUAUUCUAUCAUCUUAGGUCUACUUUUGGGGAUUUAUUUAAUGUGUUUAGGUAGAAUCAAUUAAGGCAUGCAAUUUUUUUUGUUAUUUCAUGUCCUUUUUGGUGUUACAAAGACAUCUUCCGAAUCUGUCAUGAUCAGCGAUAAUGUAUUCCAGUUUUUCCCUGAGGUCGUGGUGCAAUGAUCGAGAACAGUAAUGGAUCUCAACAGCAACAACAACAACUGUCUGUCUGACUGUCUGACUGACUGUCUGUCUGUCUGUCUAUCUAGAUGUCUCUCUUUCUUAUACAGUGAUUAUAUCCCACAGAUUCAUACUAGGUGACUUUCAGAAGUACCAGAUUGACAUCUCUCUCCUAUCAGAACACCCUCACAGCUCCUUCCCUACCUCUAUGAUCAUAAGCAAUGUGACCACGGGCCACCCGCACCAUCCUCCACAUGAACAGGUUUGUGUGUGUGUGUUUGUGUGUGCGCACAAACACUUGCAAUGACCUGUGUGUGUAGGUUCAAUUCAGUUCCCCUCCCUAAAUCCUCACUCACACUCACUUGCUCACUUCUCCACUUGGGCUCUCCUGUGCUGCUAUCCCUGUCUCUACCACUAGGUGGAAACCUGUCCCCACUAACCCCCAUGCUCUACCCCCUCUCCCAGGUAUGCUUCUCAGAGGUCAUAGGUUAUGCCCUGGUCUCCCAGUCUGCAGCAAAUGUACCCCGCUCCCUCCCUUCAGGGCAGAGGAAACACGUGCUAUGUAUCAUUGUUAUUAUGAUCAUUAUUUAUUACAAUAAUGAUGUAAUGAUGAUGUAUGUAGUAUCAUUAUCAUUGGGUUCAUUGAGGGGUGCUGUCUGUCUGUCUGUCUGUCUGUCUGUCUGUCUGUCUCCCUACUCUGUCAGCUUCAUCGUGGGGGAUUUCUCGCGCUGUGGGGUGGACAUUUCGUCCGUUGCCUGGCAGCGGGAUGGGGAGAACCCGUGUGCGUGUUGCGUGGUGUGUCCCCCGAGCGGCUCACGCACAGUCGUGCUCUCCGACACGUAAGACACACACGUGGCGGAGGAUCCGGCGCUGGAUCCUAUAAUGCCGUGUUUGGGUCUAAUACGGGAUGGCUGCUCCACUGCAGUAGAAUAGAGCCAGAAUGGAGACGUGGAGAGUCACACAAGGCUGUAGCCAGAUAACUGCCUCACAAUAUCAGUUCAAAGGGUGUUGUAAGAUUGUCAAUCUUAGCCAAACUUCCUGAGCCAAGUGAGUGAGUUAAUAAUUAGUGAGUGAGAUAUUCAUUACAGUCUACAUUUACGUUUACAUUGACGUCAUUUAGCAGACGCUCUUAUCCAGAGCGACUUACAAAUUGGUGCAUUCAACUUAUGAUAGCCAGUGGGACAACCACUUUUUUUUUAUGGGGAUGUGGGGGAGGGGUGUAGAAGGAUUACUUUUAUACUAUUCCAGGUAUUCCUUAAAGAGGUAGGGUUUCAAGUGUCUCCGGAAGGUGGUCAGUGACACUGCUGUCCUGGCGUCGUGGGGGAGCUUGUUCCACCAUUGGGGUGCCAGAGCAGCGAAUAGCUUUGACUGGGCUGAGCGGGAACUGUGCUUACGUAGAGGUAGGGGGACUAGCAGGCCAGAGGUGGAUGAACGUAGUGCCCUCGUUUGGGUGUAGGGUCUUAUCAGAGCCUGAAGGUAAGGAGGUACCAUUCCCCCUCACAGCUCCGUAGGCAAGCACCAUGGUCUUGUAGUAGAUGCGAGCCUCAACUGGAAGCCAGUGGAGUGUGUGGAGGAGCGGGGUGACAUGAGAGAACUUGGGAAGGUUGAACACCAGACGGGCUGCAGCAUUCUGGAUAAGUUGUAGGGGUUUAAUGGCACAGGCAGGGAGCCCAGCCAACAGCGAGUUGCAGUAAUCCAGACGGGAGAUGACAAGUGCCUGGAUUAGGACCUGUGCCGCUUUCUAUGUAAGGUAGGGUCGUACUCUGCGAAUGUUGUAGAGCAUGAACCUGCAUGAUCGGGUCUCCGCUUUGAUGUUAGCGGAGAACGACAGGGUGUUGUCCAGGGUCACGCCAAGGUUCUUUGCACUCUGGGAGGAGGACACAAUGGAGUUGUCAACUGUGAUGGCGAGAUCAUGGAGCGGGCACUCCUUCCCCGGGAGGAAGAGCAGCUCCGUCUUGCCGAGGUUCAGCUUGAGGUGGUGAUCCGACAUCCAUACUGAUAUGUCUUUCAGACAUGCAGAGAUGCGAUUCGCCACCUGGUUAUCAGAAGGGGGAAAGGAGAAAAUGAAUUGUGUGUCGUCUGCGUAGCAAUGAUAGGAGAGACCAUGUGAGGAUAUGAAAGAGCCAAGUGACUUGGUGUAUAGAGAGAAUAUGGGAGGGCCUAGAACUGAGCCCUGGGGGACACCAGUGGUGAGAGCACGUGGUGCGGAGACAGAUUCUCGCCACGCCACCUGGUAGGAGCGACCUGUCAGGUAGGACGCAAUCCAAGAGUGAGCAGCGCCGGAGAUGCCCAACACGGAGAGGGUGGAGAGGAGGAUCUGAUGGUUCACAGUAUCAAAGGCAGCAGAUAGGUCUAGAAGGAUAAGAGCAGAGGAGAGAGAGUUAGCUUUAGCAGUGCGGAGAGCCUCUGUGACACAGAGAAGAGCAGUCUCAGUUGAAUGACCAGUCUUGAAACCUGACUGGUUUGGAUCAAGAAGGUCAUUCUGAGAGAGCUAGCAGGAGAGUUGGCUAGAGACGGCACGCUCAAGAGUUUUGGAGAGAAAAGAAAGAAGGGAUACUGGUCUAUAGUUUGUGACAUCGGAGGGAUCGAGUGUAGGUUUUUUGAGGAGGGGUGCAACUCUCGCUCUCUUGAAGACGGAAGGGACAUGGCCAGCGGUCAAGGAUGAGUUGAUGAGCGAGGUGAGGUAAGGGAGAAGGUCUCCGGAAAUGGCCUGGAGAAGAGAGGAGGGGAUAGGGUCAAGCGAGCAGGUUGUUGGGCGGCCGGCCGUCACAAGUCGCAAGAUUUCAUCUGGAGAGAGAGGGGAGAAAGAAGUCAAAGCAUAGGGUAGGGCAGUGUGAGCAGGACCAGCGGUGUCAUUUUACGUAAUAAAUGAGGAUCGGAUGUCGUCAACCUACUUUUCAAAAUGGUUGACAAAGUCAUCCACAGAGAGGGAGGAGGGAGGGAGGGAGAGGAGGAGGAGGAUUCAGCAGGGAGGAGGUGGCGGCAAAGAGCUUCCUAGGGUUAGAGGCAGAGGCUUGAAAUUUAGAGUGGUAGAAAAUGGCUUUAGCAGCAGAAACAGAAAAAGAGAAUGUAGAGAGGAGGGAGUGAAAACAUGACAGGUCCGCAGGGAGUCUAGUUUUCCUCCAUGACUCGCAAUGAGUCGUCAAGCCAUGGAGCAGGAGGGGAGGACCGAGCCGGCUGGGAGGAUAGGGGACAUAGAGAGUCAAAAGAUGCAGAAAGGGAAGAGAGGAGGGUUGAGGAGGCAGAAUCAGGAGAUCGGAGGGAGGAUUUAGCAGAGGGAAGCAAUGAUAGGAUGGAAGAGGAGAGAGUAGCGGGAGAGAGAGAGCGAAGGUUGCGACAGCACAUUACCAACUGAGUAGGGGCAGAGUGAGUAGUGUUGGAGGAGAGCGAGAGAGAAAAGGAUACGAAGUAGUGGUCGGAGACUUGGAGGGGAGUUGCAGUGAGAUUAGUAGAAGAACAGCAUCUAGUAAAGAUGAGGUCAAGCGUAUUGCCUGCCUUGUGAGUAGGGGGGGGGACGGUGAGAGGGUGAGGUCAAAAGAGGAAAGGAGUGGAAAGAAGGAGGCAGAGAGAAAUGAGUCAAAGGCAGACGUAGGAAGGUUAAAGUCACCCAGAACUAGAUGGAUGUUACUCAGGAGCCAGUUAAAGCCAUGAUACACUAGCAAUUGUUUGAGGCAAUCAGCUUUACAGUUUGUAUCAGUAUGUCCCAUAAACGUAGGGUUAGGGGGGAGUCUGUCUGCAGUGGCGCUGCAUGGGUUAAUUCUGGGGCUCAUCUCUAAUUCUACCAAUUCAAUCACUGCAUGCUUAAUGUGUUGUUGUCACAAUGUCAUUUCAUCCAUUGAUAAUACUGGAUCAUGUGAUGCGAUGUGAUUUCCAUGGAGAAGUAGGGUAGGAGUAUGAACUUUCCCUCGUUUCAGGAUGUGUUUUCUGUCAAACUUGGUAGGGUGCAUUUCUAGGGCUCUAUGGUGUAACAUGACAACCAAUCGGAUUUGAGAUUGACACCCUCCCCUCCUCCCAGUUUUUGAUUAUGAAUUCAGGAGCCUAACUUUUCUCAUUAUAUUCUAUAUCUAUUCAGCUGGCUUGAUUUCCUACCCCAGCCCGGUCUCAUAGACUAGACGUACCAUAGUAAAGGUAAAUCUGGGACACUCAAAUUCGUAUGAUAUGUUACGUUUGGUCUGUUUACAUAAGACAGACGGUUACUUAAGGCAAAAACUAAAGUAGGGUGGUUGGUCAGGGUGGAUGGGCAGGCAUAUAACGCAAAUAUGUAGCAACCCAAAGGUUGCAUGUUCGAAUCUCAUCACAGACAACUUUUGAAUGUUUGCUAAUUAGCUACUUUGUAACUACUUACUACUUUUUUAGCUACUUAGCUAACCCUUCCCCUAACCUUCACCUAACUCCUAACCCCUAACCCUAACCCUAACCCCUAGCCUAGCUAACGUUAGCAAGCUAGCUAAUGUUAGUGUUAGCCACCUAGCUAACAUUAGCUAUAACAAAUUGGAAUUCGUAACAUAAUAUAUGUUCUGCAAAUUCGUUGCAUAUUGUACGAAUUGCAAUUCGGUAUCCUACUAAUUGUGUCCCGGAUUUACAUUUACCAUGUUACAGCUGCCCCUGAGUCCAGGUUGCCUAUCCAAUAAGGUUAAUAAUAGUUUAGUUUACAAAAGGAACUCCCGUUGUCUCUCUCUUUUUUCCCCUCCUCCCCCUCUCUCCAACUCUCCCCUCUCUCUCUUCCCCCUCUUCCUCUCUUCUCCCCUCUCUUUCCCUCUCUUCCCCCUCCCCCUCUCUCUCUCAGAAACCUGGCUGACGUGUCAGCAGCAGACUUCUCUAAGGUAGAUCUCAGUCAGUACAAAUGGAUCCACUGGGAGGUGAGCUCACAAAGAGGUUAUAGAACACUCUACUCUAGAUUUAAUCACACAGAGGUUAACAUUGACCUCAUAAAUCAAAUACAUUUAUAUUUGUCACACGCGCCGAAUACAACAGGUGUAGACCUUACAGUGAAAUGCUUACUUACAAGCCCUUAACCAACAAUGCAGUUUUAAGAAAAGAGUUAAGAAAAUAUUUACUAAAUAAUCUAAAGUAAAAAAAUAAAAAUAAUAAUAACACAAUAAAAUAACAAUAACGAGGCUAUAUACAGGAGGUACCGGUACCGAGUCAAUGUGCGGGGGUACAGGUUAGUCGAAGUAAUUUGUACAUAUAGGUAGGGGUAAAGUGACAAUGCAUAGAUAAUAAACAGUGAGUAGCAGCAGUCUAAAAACAAAUGCAAAUUCUUUGGGUGGCCAUUUGAUUAAUUGUUCAGCAGUCUUAUGGCUUGUGGGUAGAAGCUGUUAAGGAGCCUUUUGGACCUAGACUUGGCACUCCGGUACCGCUUGCCAUGCGGUAGCAGAGAGAACGGUCUAUGACUUGGGUGAUUGGAGUCUUUGAAAAUUUUUAGGGCCUUCCUCUGACACCGCCUGGAAUAGAGGUCCUGGAUGGCAGGAAGCUUGGCCCCAGUGAUGUACUGGGCCGUACGCACUACCCUCUGUAGUGCCUUACAGCCGGAUGCCAAGCAGUUGCCAUACCAGGCGGUGAUGCAACCGGUCAGGAUGCUCUCGAUGGUGCAGUGUAUAACUUUUUGAGGAUCUGGGGACCCACCCCUGAGGGGCCCCCGUGUUGAGGAUCAGCAUGGCAGAUGUGUUGUUGCCUACCCUUACCACCUGGGGGUGGCCCGUCAGGAAGUCCAGGAUCCAGUUGCAGAGGGAGGUGUUUAGUCUCAGGGUCCUUAGCUUAGUGAUGAGCUUUGUGGUUACUAUGGUGUUGAACACUGAGCUGUAGUCAAUGAACAGCAUUCUCACAUAGGUGUUCCUUUUGUCCAGGUGGGAAAGGGCAGUGUGGAGUGCAAUUGAGAUUGCGUGAUCUGUGGAUCUGUUGGGACGGUAUGCGAAUUGGAGUGGGUCUAGGGUUUCCGGGAUGAUGGUGUUAAUGUGAGCCAUGACCAGCCUUUCAAAGCACUUCAUGUCUACCGACGUGAGUGCUACGGGGCGGUAGUAAUUUAGGCAGGUUACCUUCGCUUUCUUGGGCACAGGGACUAUGGUGGUCUGCUUGAAACAUGUAGUUAUUACAGACUUUGUCAGGGAGAGAUUGAAAAUGUCAGUGAAGACAGUUGGUCAGUGCAUGCUCAGAGUACACGUCCUGGUAAUCCAUCUGGCCCUGCGGCCUUGUGAAUGUUGACCUGUUUAAAGGUCUUGCUCACAUCGGCUACGGAGAGCGUGAUCACACAGUCGUCCGGAUACGCUACUCAGAGGUUAAAGGAGCAAUCGAUUGCUUGGACUUUUAAAAUAAUGAUAUAUAGCGAUUGAUUUUUGAAGAAUAUAACUUAUAUAUGCCUCAUGAGCUUAGUGCAGCUGUCUAACCACAUCAUAACCCCAAAUAUAAGCUUGUUUUACGCCAUCGUUAGUAAACAAUGUAAUUGUAAAACACAUGGUUAAAACGAUCAUUUUAAUGUCAUGGAUGAUCAGUUCUUUCAUCCAUAGCCCUGUCUAUGAAUUUGUGAGUGGUUACAUUUCUCCAGCCCCAUCCCUAAACUGUUUAUCUAAAAAGGUGGCGGGGUGUCCACUUUUGUGAUUUGAACUGCCGUAUUGCCCCUUUAACAUUGACUUAAAAAAUUUAAUCAUGGUUCAACCGUUUUGUGUCAUGUACAGUUUAUAACACUUAAAAAUAAAACAAACAUGUUAUAAACACGACCAACAGUGUAACAUCCAUGAUAGGUUAUGGUCACGUUUAUAACAUGUUUGUCACACGACAGGGCCGUAAUGCUGAGGAGCAGGUGAAGAUGAUCCAACGGGUGGAGCUGUCUAACAGCACGUUGCCACAGCAACACAGGAUCACCGUAUCCGUGGAGAUAGAGAAGACCAGGGAGCCUCUGUACCAGCUCUUUCGCUAUGGCGAUGUGGUACGACGCCCUCACUGAUAGCAUGAGUAUCACCCAUAACACUCUGGAACAAUGCCUCCAGACAACGUCUAGACAGACAAUGCUCUGUAGGAAUGUUGAAUGAUGUCAUUUAAUUCCCAAAACAUGUUCAGCAUUCUCUACAGGUUUGGAGAUUGAUUUUGAUAUAUUUUAUUAUGGGAGUGUGUUGCGUCUUCAGGAUGCCCCGCCCAAAUGGCCUUAUAAGACAAUGUAUUCAUGAUUCAUAGUUUGCAUUUACAAGUUGAGUUUUCACUGUGUUACUAUGUAAGCAAUAGCAGCACAUGCAUUAUAUGAUUUUAAAUAACAUCCAUAGAAUGAUAGUUAAUCCCUAUUCAUUCUGAUUAUGUCAUUGCUGGCAAUCGAAGAGGGCAUUACCAAACCUGUAACUGUCAUAACACUGCCCUGUACCGGACCUGAAGCAACGUCUCCUCUCCUCUCCAGGUGUUUGUCAGUAAGGAUGUGGCCAUGCACUUUGGCUUCCACUCUGCUGCCAGUGCUCUAGGGCCUCUACCACAAGUGAGAAAUGGUUAGUGGACACAAUAUAGGAUGAGGAGGAAGAGGAAGAAGAGAGUGAGGGGUGAGUGGGACACACAGAGAGGAGGAGGAGGAAGAGGAAGAAGAGAGUUGAGGGGUGAGGAUUGGGACACAAGAGAGGAAUGGAGGAGGAGGAGAGGAAGAGGUCGGGGGUGAGUGGGACACCAGAGAGGAGUAGGGGAGGAGGAACGAGGGUGGGGGGUGAGGUGACCACAGAGAGGAGGAGGAGGAAGAAGAGAGUGAGGGGUGAGUGGGACACACAGAGAGGAGGAGGAGGAAGAAGAGAGCGAGGGACACAUGCAGGCAGGUAGAGACAGAUAGACAGAAGAGGGCUGUGGUGUGUGCAGUCUAAAACUAUAUGCUACUGUUAACUCUUCAUAUUCUGAUCCAGUUUGCCAUUGUAGUCUAAACACCUGAAAGUAGGCUUACUGUGGCUUCCAGGGCUGUCCUCAUAUGUGCCUGGGCAGAGAAAGGGGCAGAUGCGAUGGGUCCUGAUGGCAUAGUGGUCCACUCAGAUGCUUUUCCACCGGAGGCCCUCGUGGACACGCUCGGAGCAGGCGACACUUUCAAUGCAUCAGUGAUCUACACCCUGUCAAACGGUGAGGUGAUAUAUAUUUUUUUUUUUUUUACACCCAGUCAAACGGUAAGGGGAUAUUUGUAUUUUCUAGACCCAAAAUGCAAUCAAUCAAUCAUCUAUUGUCUCCCUCUCCCCUGGUAGGAGGAGGAGUACAGGAAGCUCUAACGUUCGGUUGCCAGGUAGCAGGCAGGAAGUGUGGUGUCCACGGAUACGACGAAAUCGUGUCAAAGAAAGAAUGAAGAAUAAUGGUCAUGACUCUAGAUGGAGGGUUGUUGACAUAACAGUACACUUUAUUUUCAAUUCUACUAACACUAAUUUGGCAGUAGGUAUAGGAAAGUUUUGUCACGUCACAAAACUCAACACAGCAAAACAGCAUUAGAGGUACUAUUAGUUUUAACAGACACAUUUCAAGCCAAACCCCUUCACAAAAAAAGAAAAGGAGUGUUUGAGGUUAAAGUAAUUAUUAUUUAGAAGUUUUAUUCUCAUCUUCCCUGUAGUUUUUUGCUCCCAGAUGUUAGCUGUUUAUUAACCAACGUUCAGAUUCUCCUGGCUAGCAUUUUUCGAGAAUGUAGCAAUGCUAGUGGAAACAGGUUGUAUCAGUUAGCCGCACAUUCAAAAUCACAGGGCCUAAAAACUUAUGGUGAAUUUAACCAUAUGAACUUAACAAAAUGUUCUUGCAAUAAAACACAAUAAAUACCACAUUUGUCGUUGUCAGCUGGCAACAAAGAGUCUUGUAAGUCUUUCCCAGGGCCUUUCUCAGGGGCUUGAUACUGUAUAUUCAAUACUUCUGUUCAUUCUGGAUGUCAUUUCUGCACAGCAAACACUAUCAGCAUAGUAAAACAUACUUGCAGACCAAAACGUGCGGACACAAAUUACAUUUACAGUAAAAUACUAUAUGAAAAUGAUUACAUUUUAGAAACAUUAUCCUUCUAUGGAUUGAAAUGGAACUGUAACAGUACAAAUCAAAUGAUCUUCAAAACAACAGUAAUAAUAAUUACAAUAUUUAUAUAAUCUCCAUAGUCAUGUGACAGUGGGCUUGAAAGUAGUAGGUGUCUGUGUGUGUGUGUGUGUGUGUGUUCAGAACUGACCGGCACUGCUGGGGUCACACUGUAACAGGCAGACUAUGGACGGGUCACUCUUGGCACCUUUGAUGAAUUCCUCCAGAGACAGCCUACCUGCAGUAACAAGCCACAGGAUUGGAUGAGGAACUUGGUUAUUCAUCAGAGGUAAAAAAAAUAUAUAUAUAUAUUGGUUAAUUAAAACACUGAGGUAAGAACUAAUUGGUGGAGGCAGAGAAAGGCGUGCAUCCCAUUAGUCUAAAAUGGCGCUCUCUCAUACACUCAUUUCCCUCUUCUGCACUGAUGCAGCCGAACUGGACUAUUGGAAGCUAUCACUUAGCCUGUGUGGCUCAGUUGGAAGCUAUCACUUAGCCUGUUUGGCUCAGUUGGAAGCCAUCACUUAGCCUGUUUGGCUCAGUUGGAAGCUAUCACUUAGCCUGUGUGGCUCAGUUGGAAGCUAUCACUUAGCCUGUGUGGCUCAGUUGGAAGCCAUCACUUAGCCUGUGUGGCUUAGUUGGAAGCCAUCACUUAGCCUGUGUGGCUCAGUUGGAAGCCAUCACUUAGCCUGUGUGGCUCAGUUGGAAGCCAUCACUUAGCCUGUGUGGCUCAGUUGGAAGCCAUCACUUAGCCUGUGUGGCUCAGUUGGAAGCUAUCACUUAGCCUGUUUGGCUCAGUUGGAGCCAUCACUGCUGUGUGGCUCAGUUGGAAGCCAUCACUUAGCCUGUGUGGCUCAGUUGGAAGCCAUCACUUAGCCUGUGUGGCUCAGUUGGAAGCCAUCACUUAGCCUGUGUGGCUCAGUUGGAAGCCAUCACUUAGCCUGUGUGGCUCAGUUGGAAGCCAUCACUUAGCCUGUGUGGCUCAGUUGGAAGCCAUCACUUAGCCUGUGUGGCUCAGUUGGAAGCCAUCACUUAGCCUGUGUGGCUCAGUUGGAAGCCAUCACUUAGCCUGUGUGGCUCAGUUGGAAGCCAUCACUUAGCCUGUUUGGCUCAGUUGAUAGGAGUGUGGCUUGAGCAAGGCCAAGGUCAAGUGGUUAAAUUCCCUCAGGGAUCACACACACACUCAAACUCCCUUCCAAUGACUAUCAGCCCAACAUAGCUGUUACGCCAAGAGAUCCGAACCCCUUGACGGGGUCGCUAGAUGUUGAGUUAAGGUCGCUAUAGUCGGAGUCCAUGUUUCUUCUGCCUUCACAAAUAAAGAUGGAGGGCGCCACUUUUAGACUAUUGAGAAAAUAAAGCCGGCCUAUUAAAUUCUGUGCAGGAACACUUAUGGUUUUGAUUCUGUCCUUCAAAAUCAUUGCUAUCAAACUAUCAGGGAGAAAGGAAAACCAGCAGUACAGUUUAUCCCUUUAUGGGCCGGUAGUUGAAUAGCCCUGCAGAAGAAACCACUUAAUAGUGACGGCCUGUACUAAAAAGUCCUGGGUUGGUAAUGUCCUCAAUGGCACACUCUUCCCUAUAUAGUCCCCAAUGGGACCCUAUUCUCUAUAUAGUCCCAAAUGGGACCCUGUUCCCUAUAUAGUACCAAACGGAACCCUAUUCUCUGUAUUUGGACAAUAGGGUGCCAUUUGGGACGAAUCCCGUGCAGGGUUCCUCACCAUCAUUGUUUGAGUCCAUCUGUCUGAAGAUCUUGUCUGUCCUCUUCUCAGGCGUGGACUCGUCCUCUGGCAUCUUCAUGACAGAGGACACCAUUUUGUAGAUGGCCUAGGGAGAUGGCACAUAGAUGGAUAGAAAGAGGACCAUAGGGGUAGAGAGUUAAAGCUAUUUAAUUGAAACAAUAACAAAGCAGACACCCCGCCUCUGUUUUGUUAAAAAGCUGAAGGAUGUAUACGUACAGUAUAACCCCUCAAAUUCAUAGAGCUAUGGAUAACAGGACUGACCGGAAAUUAUAGUUUUAACCAUGUUUUGUUUACAUUUGUAUUGUUUACAAACAUUGGAGUAAAACAAGCUGAUAUUUAGGAUCUGAUGGGGUACGACAGUUGGACUAAGCUCAUGAGUAGGGGCCAUGCUUUUUGAUGCACUUUUUGUGGCACAGUGAUUUUACCGUUAUUUCUAGCAUUAUCCACUAGUGUUGCUGCAGGCAGAAAAUCCUAGGAAAUGUUCUAUAAUUGACACAAGCUGUCUCCAAUCAAUCAAUGUCUGGUUGUGUGUGUGUGUGUGUAUUUGGUGGGGGGGGAUUGCCUAAACCAAGUUUUCAAUAUAUAUAACUUUCAAAACACAGAAAGUGUCACAGUAUGAUGCGUUUUGCGUCAUAUGACUUCUUGACGAGCUCGCUAGAUGUUGGCUUGACCUUUUUAUUCCAGUGGGCUAAAUCAGGGUCACAAAGUGUUCCUUGGUAGUCUUAAACAAAUCAACAGUUGUGGUCAAAAGUUUUGAGAAUGACACAAGUAUUGGUCUUCACAAAGUUUGCUGCUUCAGUGUUUUUAGAUAUUUUUGUCAGAUGUUACUAUGGUAUACUGAAGUAUAAUUACAAGCAUUCCGUAAGUGUCAAAGGCUUUUAUUGACAAUUACAUUAAGUUUAUGCAGAGUCAAUAUUUGCAGUGUUGACCCUUCUUUUUCAAGACCUCUGCAAUCCGUCCUGGCAUACUGUCAAUUAACUUCUGGGCCACAUCCUGACUGAUGGCAGCCAAUUCUUGCAUAAUCAAUGCUUGGAGUUUGUCAGAAUUUGUGGGUUUUUGUUUGUCCACCCGCCUCUUGAGGAUCAACCACAAGUUCUCAGUGGGAUUAAGGUCUGGGGAGUUUCCUGGCCAUGGACCCAAAAUGUCGAUGUUUUGUUCCCCGAGCCACUUAGUUAUCACUUUUGCCUUAUGGCAAGGUGCUCCAUCAUGCUGGAAAAGGCAUUGGUCGUCACCAAACUGUUCUUGGAUGGUUGGGAGAAGUUGCUCUCGGAGGAUGUGUUGGUACCAUUUUUUUAUUCAUGGCUGUGUUCUUAGGCAAAAUUGUGAGUGAGCCCACUCCCUUGGCUGAGAAGCAACCCCACACAUGAAUGGUCUCAGGAUGCUUUACUGUUGGCAUGACACAGGACUGAUGGUAGCGCUCACCUUGUCUUCUCCGGACAACCUUUUUUCCGGAUGCCCCAAACAAUCGGAAAGGUGAUUCAUCAGAGAAAAUGACUAUCCCAGUCCUCAACAGUCCAAUCCUUGUACCUUUUGUAGAAUAUCAGUCUGUCCCCGAUGUUUUUCCUGGAGAGAAGUGGCUUCCUCGCUACACUUCUUGACACCAGGCCAUCCACCAAAAGUCUUCGCCUCACUGUGCAAAAUGUUUUUGGGGGAUUUUCAUUUUCAUGGCAAAGAGGGACUUUGCAAUUAGUUGCAAUUCAUCUGAUCACUGUUCAUAACAUUCUGGAGUAUAUGCAAAUUGCCAUCAUAAAAACUGAGGCAGCAGACUUUGUGGAAAUUAAUAUUUGUGUCAUUCUCAAAACUUUUGACCACGACUGUACUAAAGAAAAGUACACACCUCACACACAUGGUUAUGGUCUUUAAAAAACGAAGACACCUGUACCAUUACAGAUAUAGAGUUGAAAUGUAUUACCUUUUUGAGUUUGCAUCCCAAUAUUGCACUUUAUACCCAUCACAGAAGACUGAAAUAUAACAAAAUGCGCCAUCCCACUUCUGACACCAAUGUAGUGAAUUCGGGUAGAAGCCCCAAAUGGGACUCGAACCCGGAUCCCACGUCUGUCAAGCCAACACCUUAACAGUUACGCUAAGAGGUUCGUAGUAGAGACUGUACAUUCACACAGUAAAUCCAAAACUGGAUGUAGCAACUGCAGAUUCUAGCUUUAAGGUGGAUAAAUGAGGGAUACAUUGAUUAGCACUGUGUCUUCUUACUAUGUGAUAGAUGCUGUGUUUUGACGCUUCUGUGUUGGUGUGAAUGCUCUGCAGUCUAUUAGCUUCCACAAGAAUGAGUCAUUUCUAUAAUCCAUAGGUCAUUGUGUUGAUUUUAGAACCAGCUGCUGCUAAAUUAUUCUCCAGCACUCAAAAGACCUGGUUUGGUCAACAGAAAUUCAAGAGAAUAGAGAAGUGAACACAUUCCAAGAGAGGAAGGGGAAGAUGUUGAUUCUAAAUUCAGUCAUACAAUGCUCUAGUCUACAGUGUGACAUUAAAAUCUUAGUGUGUUUUUAGGCCCUUGAAGUCCAUAAAAUAAAAUACAAAUGGAUACAGGCAUUGAAAUGACGUCACACCCUAAAGUAUAACGAUGCUACAAUACACCGGUGGAACAUAGGUGCUCGAGACUGACCUGUACGAUCUCCAGCAUCUCCGCGCGGCUGAUGUAGCCGUUCCCGUCCAGGUCGUACAUGCUGAAGGCCCACUUGAGCUUCUGUUCCAGCUUGCCGCGCGACGUAACGCUCAGCGCGAUGAUGAACUCCCGGAAGUCUAUCGUCCCGUCUGCGUUGGUGUCAAACGUGCGGAAGACGUGCUCUGAAAAUUUGGAGGCGUCACCGUAAGGGAAGAAGUUGGCGUAGAUCUUCUUGAACUCUUCCACAGUCAGGUGGCCCAUGGGGCAGUCUUUGAGGAAGCCUCGGUACCACUCCUGGAGCUCGUGGUCGGUGAACUCUGUGUUCUCGCGCAGGUCGUUAAGCACCUCCGGCCGUAG